AUGAUGGUGGAUGAUCUUGAGACAUUUAAUCAGAUCAAGUCUGUGAUCCAGUCUCAGAUAAUGCAGCAUGACGAUGAGUAUCUGAAGAUUACGACGGCAGUACAGAAGAAGGAGCGGCGGAUCAUUCUGAGUGUAAACUUUCUGAACCAAAUCGCGCCGGAUUUUACGGCGCGAUUGAUCAAUGACCCUUUUGUUUAUUUGCCACCAUUAGAGCAAGCGAUAAAUGACAUUGCGCGACAGCAUGGUGAUUUGCAGAACACUACUAGCACCAUAGAUUUGAAGAUUGGCUUGAGUGGUUGGCUCGGUAGUCAUAGUAUUACUCCUCGAGGUAUUAGCUGCCAGUUAGCGAACAAGUUGAUUCUUGUGGAAGGUAUUGUAACGCGUGUUACGAUCCCUAAUUUGAGAUUGAAGACAGGUUCAUAUUACGUAUCGGAUUUGGGUCGACAUGUGUUCCGUGAGUAUGCUGAUUCGUUUGCGAUUGUACCACGAUAUGAGGCGAUGAGUAAGGCUGGACGAAUUGCGCCAUAUGCGAUGCGUACGGACCCGGAUGGUCGAGAAACGGAGUUGGAAUUUGGCCUAAGUCAGUUUAAAGACUGCCAAUUUGUGACAUUGCAGGAAAUGCCAGAGGUGACGCCAAUUGGUCAGUUGCCUCGUGCAGUAGAAAUUGUCAUGGAGAAUGACUUGGUGGAGGCAUUGAAGCCAGGUGAUCGCGCGCGUGUAUAUGGUGUUCUCAAAUCGAACACAUAUAAAAACGGUUCAUUGAUUAAUGGCGCAACCAGCAUUACAUUGAUAGCAGUGAGUGUGGAGCCGCUGCAUGUAGACUAUGUCAACCGCGAGUUGACUCCAAGCACGUUGAAGCAGUUCCGUGAACUCGCGCGACGUGAGAACACACUCGAUCUUGUCGCGGCCUCCAUUGCGCCGUCGAUAAGUGGACAUGAACGUGUGCGCAAGGGCCUGGCUCUGCAACUGGUCGGCGGUGUGGGUAAACAGUUAGAAAGUAUGCGCCAACGUGGUGACAUCCACGUCUUGUUGAUUGGAGAUCCGUCUUGCGGCAAGUCCCAAAUGCUGCGCUACGUCAUGAAGUUGGCGCCGUUGGCAAUCAGCACCACCGGCCGUGGCUCCAGCGCUGUCGGACUCACGGCCGCAGUCGUCAAGGACCCGAUGACCGGACAUAAACGCUUGGAAGCAGGCGCUAUGGUGUUGGCGGAUAGCGGUAUGGUAUGCAUCGACGAGUUCGACAAGAUGGGUCCGGACGAUCGUGUGGCGGUACACGAAGUGAUGGAGCAACAACGAGUGAGCGUAAUGAAAGCAAAUAUUUCCGCUGUACUGAACGCUCGCACGAGUGUGCUUGCAGCUGCCAAUCCACUUUACGGACAUUUCGACGACACGCUAGACUUCGCUGACCAGGUCAACUUCCCCGACAGUCUGCUAAGUCGCUUCGAUUUAAUUUUCCUCAUCAGAGAAUCGUCUUCAGCAAAACAAGACCGGCAAAUCGCUAAACAAGUUUUGGCGCAACUCCGAGCCGGCCACAAAGACGAAUCUGUCUAUGACGCCGCUCACAGAUUGCGAGCACUCCGGGCAGAUGUCGUGGCACCCACACUUCUCCAACCCAAGACCGCAGAGCAGCGAGGCAAGAAGCAAAUUGUGUGGCAACACGCACCAGCGCUGGAAGAUGGUGUCGGUCGAGGCAAAGGGAAACUAUCCGCUGAAGCUGUCAGAGCGGCGAGCGCUGCCAAGUUGAUCAAACCUUCCUUCCUUAAGCAGUACCUGGCUUACUGCCGUUACUCUGUGCAACCGGAAAUGAGUGAAGAGGCUGAAGAAGAUAUCGCAGAAUUCUACGGUUACAUCCGUGAAAGAGUUAAGAAGGAAUGGAAUGAUGCUAAUGCUACCAGAGCCAACCACGCUAAGGCACUGCCAACGCCGAGACUCCUCGAGGCACUUAUCCGACUCAGUACGGCUCAUGCCAAACUUAAACUCAAAGCCGUCGUGGAUACUGAUGACGUCGCCGAAGCCAAACACCUCGUCCUCUACAGUCUAUGCGGUUACGAACCCGAAACAGUGGAAGCGACUGCCACACCCACUCACACUGCCGAGGAACCCAGGACGACAAGACGCACCGUAACCCGGAAACGGGAUCUCGAUCAACUCAGCGAAACAAUACAAGAACUCCAAAUAGAAGAAAAUCGGGAAGAAAAUACUCGUAGUCGACGACGACGUCGAGAGCUUGACACCCAUGAGAAUCACGCUCCUGAAAACAGUCCCGUGGACCUUGAUCGCGAACUCGACCAGAUUUGGCGCGUUCUUGAAACGCUCCGUGAAACUACUGGUGAAGAAGACUGGGAUCUCGAACACGCCUUCAAACACGUCGCUAAAGAACACCCCGCCAUCAAGAAGAACGUCUACAAAGACUGCCUUAAGGCACUUCAGUCACAAAACCGCGUCAUGUAA